AGCGACUAUUCAGCAUACACUGCGGUGAAAUGGUCUCCCAUAGGACAAAAUUUAACAUUAUCCUACUCAUUGGUCUGUUCAUUGUCAAUAGUGAAGUGAGCGAAUCAGAAAAACAGCCAUUUGACUUCACACUUGAUGACUCAGGAGUAAAGACUAUUCAUUUUCCGCCGGUCACGUUUUCUUUGCAUCCUAAUGGAACACUGACAGUUAAAACUUUGGACUGUACAUGGGAAGUUGACUUGGGUGGACUAUCAAGUGUAGAGGUUGGCGUAACUGGAGUAACUCGUCACGGUUCCUUAGACUGUAAAAAGUGGCAUAUGCCUCCAUACGAAAAGAAAAUACCAGGAGACCUAAUUCAGUUCAUAGAUUAAAAAAGAAUGAUAAGUGCAACACUCGAUUGAAUUUGCAAAGAAAAUGGCAAAAUAACACUCCUCACUCAAUGCAUCACUGAACAGUUGCUUCAACUGUGCUCAUUCAAAUGUUUGUAAGAACGUACAUGCCUCAUUUUCUGAGUGCUCAGUAUUCUUCUUUCUCUUUCUGUAGAUUAGAUCUUUUCGAAUAAAUGCAUAUUCAAAAA